CCUGGACACAUCUACAUUCCAACUGACUAGAGAACAAUUAACUGCCAAAGAUCCACCAGUGAACACCUGCAGCCUUACUGACAGGAUGAAGGUGAAAAUGAUGAUAUUACUUUUUCAAAUCUUGGCGAUUUCAACCCUGAGGUCAGAUUCAGCUUACGUCCCUGACAGAUACAUACAAGAGAAUGUGGCUUUACGUGGGAAGGCCACUCAGUCAGCGCAACUGCGGGGGCAAUAUGAUGCUUUCGCCCAUGCAAGCAAUGCCAUUGAUGGAAACCGAGAUUCCAAUUACCACCAUGGAUCCUGUACCCACACUGAAGGGGCCAACCCUUGGUGGAGGGUGGACCUGCUGCAGGUGUACACAAUCGCCUCCGUCACCAUCACCAACAGAGGAGACUGCUGUGGAGAAAGGAUCAGUGGAGCUCGCAUCCUCAUCGGCAACUCCCUGGAGAGCAACGGCAUCAAUAAUCCACAGUGCAGCAUGAUUGACAUUAUGACAGCUGGGGAGACUAGAACCUUUCGCUGUUCGCAUCCAAUGACUGGACGCUACGUGACAGUGUACCUCCCAAAAACAGAUUACCUUCACCUCUGUGAAGUGGAAGUGAAUGCUCUGCUUCCUUUCAACUGAAAAUAUUUCUUUUGCAAAUCUGUUUGCUUUUAAAUCUGAUCAUUUCUAUAUAGUCAGUUGCAGUAAGUCAGAAAUAAGGGGUAAUGAAAUGAAUUUUACUCUUUUGGGAGUUUGGCAUCAUGCUGUCAUUUUAGUAUAUUUCCAGGUUUUCAUGUACAGAAAACCUGCCAAAAUUUUACCUGAGUUAUUUCUGCAAGUUGAUUUAUUGAUUGAUUUUCUUAUUAGCAAAUAAAAUAAACAUCUCUUUAAAGGCAUUGACAAACAGGUUGCGUGUGCUG